CGCUUAUGGGCCCCAGUUAUCUCUGGUAAAUGUCCGUGUUUUCUCUUUCCCCAGGAGGCAAAGUUCGACAGCUUUAUUUUGCUUUCAGUUUGAUCGAAUUCCCAAUUAUAGGCGUUUGGUUAAAAGGAUCAGCAUAUAGCUUCCCUUAUCAGAGGUUUACAUUCAUUUAGUGGACCACAAGUCAUGUCUGGUAUAGCACUAAGUCGUCUCGCACAAGAACGAAAGGCUUGGCGGAAAGACCAUCCUUUUGGUUUUGUAGCCGUACCAACAAAAAACCCUGAUGGAACUAUGAACUUGAUGAAUUGGGAGUGUGCCAUCCCUGGAAAAAAAGGGACGCCGUGGGAGGGGGGCCUAUUCAAACUCCGGAUGCUCUUCAAGGACGACUAUCCUUCUUCUCCACCAAAGUGUAAAUUUGAGCCUCCUUUAUUCCAUCCGAAUGUAUAUCCCUCUGGUACCGUAUGCCUAUCUAUUUUAGAGGAAGACAAAGACUGGAGGCCUGCCAUUACAAUCAAGCAGAUUUUGCUAGGAAUCCAAGAACUCCUUAACGAGCCAAAUAUUCAGGACCCUGCACAGGCUGAGGCAUACACAAUUUACUGCCAAAACAGGGUGGAAUAUGAAAAAAGGGUCCGAGCACAAGCAAAAAAGUUUUCACCGUAAACUUUCACGUUUUCCCACUGUAAUGGAAAUGGGUUUUGACCAGGUCACCUCACCCCAGUUACUUCCCCUUUUUAAAUCCUAUCCAUUUCAUACUCCUUUCAUGAGUUGUGCCAUUUGUCAAUCCACCAAUGCUCAUUCUGACACUCUUUGGGGUUUUAAAUUUUGGCCUUUUUGUAUGCUGUUUUUGCCAUUUGGGCUAUUCCACAGCAUAGGAGCCCUCACUGGGUUAUGUGAGAUUUAUUUUGUGUAUGGGGAGGGUGGGGGGGGGGGUACUUGGUAAUGGUGCAGUGCUUUUACAUUUACAAAAGUAAAAAGGCACAAACAUCGUUGCAGAAGAAAUAAUAUUCCACAGAUGCAAAGGUAUGAGCCUAAAACUUUUUUUCUUUUUUUUUCUUUCAUACUGGUCUCCUUUAGUCUCUUUUCAUGGUUUUAAUGAUUUAAAACUUGCUAUUAAUGUCAGUAUUUCAACUGCUGUAAAAUAAUACUUUUAUACUUUCUUUACUUUGAAUUAGUCUCUCUAGAGAUGUAUCCAUUCCUGAUGCAGGCAGAAUACUAAGCAUGUACUAUUCAGUUUGCUAGCAUUGUGCUGCCUUGGCCAUCUGUGUACCGUUAAUAAGACUUAAAGUAAAUGGCCUCUGAAUCAAAUGGAAGGCAGGUUAGUUAACCGAUGCAUCAGUCUUUUUGUGUUUAUAUGGUGUUUUGUUUAUGUAAGUGUAUAGAGUAAAUAAAAAUGUUUAUACAAAGCCAGUCAUGUGGUUGCAGGUACAUUGUGCACAAGUUUCAAACUGUGAAUGGAUACAUUUACACCAUCCUUGAAAGGUAAGUCUUCAUGUGGUUCAUGGUCGGUGUGUGUGUAUAAAUGACUAUGGUAUAGUUGUUUCUCCUUCCCCCACUAAAGGCUGAAUUUGGAAGGAUUGUAUUGUGUAUGUUGUUAAUACGGAAUGGGACUAGGGAUGUGCUGCGGUGGUCGACUAGUUGUCCAACAACUGACUAGUUGAUUUUGUGGGGUCAACUACUAACAUUAUUUUUAGUGAUUGGUUGUUUUCUUUGAAGACAGUUCUUAAAUUGGUAGAGAUGCAAAUUCUUAUAGGGCUUUUUUUCUUUUUUGUGACGAUUGCGUAAUGUGCUUAAACGUUAUUAAUGUUCGGUACAGUAAAACAUCUGCAAGAAGUUUUGGAUCUUUAUGUACUGCUGCUGUUACAGCCAUCAAAGCACUGCAUCUCAUUACAAGAUGAUCCCUAUCUGUUAAAUGCUCUGCUGUGAGUAAUUUUCCUGAAUUUGUGAUGCACUUUGGAGAGAUUAAAGUCUUUUGCUGAUUCUGUUUGACACUUAAUAUAAAGUUGCAGUAAAAAAAGUUCAAUGGCUGUUGCAGUUCUGCGCUUCUGAAUGCGUGCAGCGAGGUUUGACCUGAUACUCCCAAGCUCUGUUUACAUUUGAAGUGCAUCAUUUUGCAUUCUGGAAGUACAGAAGCGGCUUUGUGCCAUUCUUUAUUGAAGCCUUUCUUAUUUCUUUCUUUUAUAGUUUUGUGCAAUAAGAUGUUAGUUAUUUAGCCUGUUUAGUUUUUGAAUAUCUGUUAGUAACAAUGUUGAAGGGCUGCACCGUGUCCAUAUAACAUGACCAUAAUGGGCCUAAUAUUAUACAUUUUUAUCCGUAACAUGACUAGUUGAUUUAUGAAAAUUGGUAGUUUUGCUCAUUCCUGAAUGGGACCACUAGCACCUAGAUUUUAAAUGUUGUAAUGUCUUUUAGUAAGUGCCAAUUUAUUGGUCCUAUCCGAUUAAGAUGUAUUGUACUCCCAGGACAAACAGCCAGAUGGAAAUGAGACCGGUAGCUGCCCUUGAAUUGUAUAAGCCUACUCUAACUGAAAUGUGAUAAAGAUUUUCCAUACUAGUUAUGUAUUCUUCCUCACAAAUGUAAUGUUUAAUCAGGCUGACAUUAACUGAGAUUUUAUUUACUGUGCUCAUACCCAUGAGAAUUGUCUUGUUCGGUACUAUGAGAUUGUCAAGGAAAUUCUAAUAAAAUGGGGAAAUGCUGGUCUUUAGGCUUUUGUGGGGUUAAAGCACAAUUAUAAAUGGGAUGUAGAAAUCUUGCAGAAAGAAUUCAUGAUCCGUAAGAGUCAGUCUAAACUGAACCAUUAAAGAUGUUCCUGUGCUAAUUGCUUGAAGGGGAUUUCUAGAGUGUUAACGUCUAAUUAUUGGUUUUACAUUUUUGUUUUUUGCACUCCUGUAAUGAGUCCUAAAAAUGGUCAUGUGUAGUGUAAAGUCUCAAACUAAACCAUUUGUAAUUUGUUUAGUUUGAUUUUGAAGUAAAAUGGUACCAGGAAAUGUUUUGGACUG